ACCAAGGCUGGUAUUUGGGAGAGGGUUCAACUUAGCUCUGGUAAAAUGACUGGCUCAGCUUUUAGCUAUUAAAACACUUUCUGAGAACUCCUCUAGUGCACAGCUCACUAAGAGGUGAGGAGUGUGAAGCUUUAAAUGUCGACAGUCAAUGGUUUCUAACUGAUCCAUUUGGAAAUAUCAGCUUAUUCUGGAACAAUAUUCAAGGCCCUAUUAUCAUCUUUUUAUAGUGAUCAGCUUUAACUCAGAGAGAUGGGUGCUCUGGCUUUUUUAAUUCUCCCAUUAUUGCUGGCUGGGAUUGCUGGCAUUGCUUACAUUUACAAAAGAAUAAUGCAACUGAUGUCCAAAUCAGCUGUGCGGAACAAAGUGAUCGUGAUAACUGAUGCUGUAUCAGGACUUGGGAAAGAAUGUUCCAGGGUAUUUCACAAUGGGGGAGGUCGAGUAGUUUUGUGUGGCAAUGACUGGGAAAAAUUAGAAGCCCUGCAACAGGCUCUAAUUGAUGUUGCAGACCCCAGUUGUACAUUCAAUCCAAAGCUUGUGCUUCUGGACCUCAGUGAAACGGAGAAUGUUCCUGAAGUAGCAAAGGAAAUUCUUGAAUCCUACGGUUGUGUGGAUGUGUUAAUUAACAACAGCAGUCUGAAAGUUAAAGGAGGUGCUCUCAAUGUCACUUUAGAAAUGGACAAGAAGAUAAUGGAUGCAAACUACUUUGGACCAAUUUCUCUGACUAAAGAGCUUCUUCCCUCGAUGAUCUCCAGACAUACUGGCCAGAUUGUGUUGGUCAACAGCAUCCAGGGAAAAUUAGGACUUCCAUUUCGUGCAGCCUAUGCAGCAUCUAAACAUGCAAUGCAAGCCUUUUUUGAUUGCCUGAGGGCUGAAGUUGCAGAAUUUGGGAUCACUGUGAGCACUGUGAGCCCAACAUUCAUUCGCUCCUAUCACCAAAUGCCAGAGGCUGGGAAUUGGGAGGCAUCCAUUUGGAAAUUUUUUUUCAGGAAAUGGGCAUAUGGUGUGCAUCCAGUGGAAGUAGCAGAAGAAGUGUUGUACACGGUCAACAGAGGCAGCAAGGAGGUGAUAAUUGGAAAUCCAGUGCCCAAAGCAUUUGUUUAUUUGAGAACAUUCUGCCCAGAGAUCUUUUUUGCAAUUGUUGCUGCUGGGAUCUCAAGCCAACCCAUAGCAGCAGAAGAUGAACAAUAAUUUAUUUGCAUUCACUUUACUGUUUCUACAUUUUCACUGCUCCAUCUGUCUCUUCCAAGUCUGAAGCUUAAUGUUUCUUUCUGAUCAAUGCAUCUCUUCCAAUUUGCCAGCUUUUAGAAUAGCUUCUUGCAUAAACAUUACUCAACUUUCAUAUUUUCCCUUUUGUCUCUGUUUCACUUUUAGAGGCUUAGGUGUUCUAAAUUAAGAGAGCAGGUUGUAUAAACUUGAUUUACGUUCUCUUGAUUAUAGGAGAUAGUAGUGUUUAAAAUGAGAAAGGAAUUUGAUGGUGAAGGUACAUAUAAACUAUUUCCUCAGGUGAGGGAAUCAAGAGCAAAGGGAAAAUCUUAAAAACAGAACUUGGCCAUUCAGGAGAGAAACCAGGAAACACUUUUCAAACAUAAAGGAUAAUCUGGAGCUCUUUCCCCCUAAAAAUGCUAAGGAUGCCAAGACAUUUGGUGCUUAUUUGGAAUUUGACAGGCUUGGCUUGUUUUUACUGGAGUUUAGAAGAGUGAGGAAUGAUUUGAUUGAAGUUUAUAGUUUGACUGAAGAUCUUGAACCAUCUUGACAAGGUGGAAGUGAAAAGAUAUUUUGUCUUAUGGGGUGAGUCCAGAAUGAGGGGAUAAUAUUUUAAAAUUAGGGAUUGCUGUUUUAGGACAGAGAUAAUGGGAUUUUUUUCUCUUUCAGUGUGACUUCCAAAAUCACAGAAUUGUAAAGUGUAACCAGGAAUAGAUGUGACUAUGAAUUUGGGACAUAAACAGAUCAGCCAUGAUGUUAACGAAUGAUGGAGACGAAGGGCUGCACAGUCUACUUCUAAUUUGUUAGCUCAUACAAGAUGGAGCUAGAUAGAUUUAUGUUAGGUAAAAAUGUCAGAGUAUUUGGUGAAAAGUGAGGUAAAUGGCGUUGAGGUGCAUAUCAGCAGAAUAGUUUCAAGGUCCUGACUAACCGAAACCUGUUUUCAGUUGAUUUUAUCUCAUUUUGCUCUUUAAUAUCGCUCAGAGACAAACUGCAUCCAAUCAGUUUUACCGAAUAGGACCCUUGUGGUGCUGCGGUAGUUUCUCUACGUUUUAUGUGAAAGGCCAAGAUUUUCAGUCCUACCUGCUCCAGUGGUGUCAUAACACAUCUGAACAGGUUGUUUAAAAGUAUCUGCACACCAAAACAAUUAGUCAGCUUUAUACUAAAGCACCUCAAAGCACUUGAUAAAGCUGUAUGAAUGUUGCCCCUUUGGGGAUAGUCAUACUAUUUGCCCUCCAAUUCAGGAAAGGAUGUAAGAAUUACCAGGUAAAGAAAGUCAGCCGAGGAAAGUAACUCAUUUAAUGGGACAAAAGUAUUGAGGCAAAAUUGAUAUUGCUCAGUUUUCUAAUAGUUGUGUUGCUUAUGAACUCUAGGAGUUUUGUAAGCUUUCUCAUGUUCGGAUGGAGAGAAACUAUUUCUUCUAGGGGAGGAUGGAACAGGGGGCAUGAUGUUCAAAUUAGAACUAUGGUAUUUAGUGGUAAUGUUAAGAAUGACUUCUUUAUACAAAGGAUCAUGGAAAUCUGGAGCACUGUCAGCCACUGGAGAGUUUCUGAGCCUAGGAAAAUAUUUCGGAACUGAGAUUAAUGAAUUUUAUCAGGCAAGGGUAUUAAGGAAUGUGGAACCAAGAUGAGUGAAUGGAGUUGAGGUGCAGAUCAACUACGAUCUGACCAAUUUGGGUUUAAUAAUUUCUUUCUGUUCCCAGGUUCUUUCAAAUUGCAAUUGAAAUAAUCUGUUUGUGACAACAUUAGUUUGUUAACACAUUCUUGUUGUUGAUUUCGUUUUCAGUGACAAAAAAAUGCAACUUUAAGUAGAUUAAGUUGUCACAGGAAAUGUACUGCUUUGACCAGGUAAAAUAUGUGCCCUAAUUCUGUGAUAAAGAUUGUGCUGUUUCAAUUCAUUUUUAUGAAUAACGUUAGCUUUGAGUGAAAGACAGGAGAAUGGAACUGGAGAACAACUAAAUGUGUUUUCGAUCUAAUUCUUGUCUGAGACCUCUGGAGGCAUAAGAAUCGCCAAUGGCAAUAAAAUUUCAUUCACUGAAAAGAAAAUUAAUCAAUGUAGCUCAUGAGUUUAGAUUUCCACAGCAUCCUCAAUCUUUUUGAGGUAUCUGUUCAUAUUGUUUAUACUUAACAUUUUAAUUUUUUAUCUUCACAUUUGUAAAUGAGCAAAAACGUGAAACAAUCAUUGCUGUUGCAUCUGACCCAAAUCAUGGUUUAGUAUGUACACAAGUAUAAAUAAUAAUGAUUUUUAUACUCUCCACAUUUUCUCGCAUCUUCUCUUGACUAAUAAUGGUUCUGCAAUGGUACCAACAGUCAUACAGUGAUACGGUUAUAUAACAUGGCAACAGACCCUUUGGUCCAACUCGCCCGUGCAGAUCAGAUAUCCGAAACUGAUCUAGAUGAAAGGAGUCCUAAUUCGUUGGCAAGUUGGCAAGAGUCUGAUUAGAACCACCUGAUUGAUAGUUAACUGCCCAGGCUUUUUUCAAGCAAUAUUCAACUUUCAUCAACCAGUUCAGCCAAAUAUGAUUUUAAAUCCACAAUAAAAACUGAACACGUAAUCAAUAUUAAUUAUGUAUGAAAAUGAUUCAAUUUGUUUGAAAAUUCUUCAAUGUUACAGCUUUAAUCUGCAACCUACUGCUUGGUGUAGGCCAUCACUAAUAAAGCCAUAUAUUUAAUUCUCUCUGUCUUUUCUUCUCAAUGACCUUCUCUAUUAAUUAUAUUGCAGAGAACACCUUAUAUAUUCUUGAAAUAAUCACUGAAUUUAUGGCAUUGCAAAUACUGGAUUGAUGCUAAAGCUAGAAGAUGAAAGUCAUCUCAGUAAUGGUGACCACACUGAUUAUCACUGAUUUUUAUAAAGACCUAUCUCAUUUACUAAUGUUCUGCAGGGAAAGAAGUCUGCCAUCCAUACUUGUAUCAGUGAUAAUGGGAACUGCAGAUGCUGGAGAAUC